UUGAAAGUAUUCGGAUUUACCACUGGAGGACGCUACUCGACAAAAACUCGACGGGAGCAGGAACUCAAUGUCGUAAUUGUGGGAUGCUAUCAGGUGGGAAAGUCAACUCUCAUCAAUUCCCUGUUCUUUGAAAAGGGCAAAAAGUACAGAGAGCGGGCACAGGAAGGCUCAAUGAGUCCUUGCACUCAAGAUGUGAAUCCACAUGUCCUGCAGUUCAGCGGCAUUUCCUGCAACAUUUACGAUUCGCCAGGCCUGCAAGACGGAUGUGAAGCUGGAGACUUGGCCUACCUGCGCCAGAUCAAAGCCAAGUGCCCCAAAAUCCACCUCGUCAUCUACUGCACAAAGAUGGGAGAGCCUGUGAGACCGGCCGAAACCACGGCACUCAACAAUCUCACCUCGACAUUUGGAAACACAAUUUGGGAGAAUACAGUGAUUGCUCUCACGUUUGCCAACAAUGUACAACCGGUUGAUCCAGACACAGAUGAAGACGAAUACUUUGAAAGAGUAAAGAACGACAAGGAAAAGGAUUUGUGCAGUGCUUUUGAAAGGCUUUCCAUUAGAGAAGCAAUCGUUGACAGCUUGCUCCAACACAUUUACCCCACUGGGUCAGCCAGAGUGCUCAAGCUCCCUGGCAUUAGGAACGAUUGGAGGGUUGACUUUUGGAUGGGGUGUCUGGAUGCCUGUCGACCGGAAGGCAAAGGGGCCUUGCUAACCCUGGCCUGGAGAAACCGACAGUUUGUUCUAAGGGUUCUACAGGCCUCUGUCGGUACUACAAGUGGAGGAUUGGCACUGGUUGGGGGGUUGGGGUGUGUCGUAGCUGGAGCUGCUCUAAGUGCGUCGGGAUUUCUCGCUCCGGUUGGUGUGCCUCUUAUUGCUGCUGGGGCAGUGGCCAGUAUUCUUGGGGCUGGGGCCACUUUCGGCAGCAGCUCUGCUAUCAAGAGUGCCAAGAAAGAGUAUAAAAGGAUGAAAGAGUGA